ACUGGGGCGGCCGAAAACGCUUUUAGCAGCCGUAAAAGCUGCCCGAAGGAAGAACCACCUGCUGUUUAUCUAACCCCCUCGGUGGUCGCCGCAGCGGAUAAGGCAGCCUUUCUUCUUGAACCCGA